AUGCCCCAUUAUCUAUGGCUAGAUCUUAUCAGUGACACGCCUACUCACGUAGACACUGUAGCAGCUGUAUCUUAAGAGUUUAAAGGUCAAGUUCUUCAAAUGGAUAGAAAGAUAUUAAGACCAAGUGAAAACAUUCAAAACAAAUCAAAUGAUCAUCAAAGGAAAGAAAAAGUACUGACCAUUGAUAAGUUGGCCAAUGUGAUACAACGGUUAGAGAAAGCACGUUUUGACAAGACUAAAUGGAAGAAAUUAGGAGGGACACUUGGACUGCAUCCUAAUACACUGAAUAUGAUCAGUGCAAAUGAAAGAGGUGUCACUGACGAUUGCUUUAGAGAAUGCCUUUCCAAGUGGCUGAGAAGAUCUGAUGGCAGUGAUAAAGUUGGUAAACCAUCUUAUGAUACACUGGCUGAUGCUCUUGACAAAAUAAACGGCUGUAAAGCUCAAGCUGACUAUAUAAGAGCAAUUUUAUUUGCCGUUUACUGGAUUACAAAUAAUAGAUACAGCAAUAUAGUCAUUUAG